GACCUAGCUGUCAUACCAGAGUUGCGGGUGGCUGGGCUCUGCAGAGAUGUACUUCCAUUGGGCUGCGGACUCACCGCAGCGUCGGUGGCUGAGGGAGAGAAAUGGCCUUAAGCUCUUGCAGGCAGCCAGUGGAGAGCGCCACUCUCUGCUAUUGUUCAGCAAUCACCAGGUGUACUCCUGUGGGGACAACAGCUUGGGCCAGCUGGGCCAGAAGAGAGGGCAGAAUACCAAACGGCCAGAACCAAUUAAGGCUUUGGAUACUCUGCAUGUCAACCUUGUGAGCUGUGGGAAGGAGCACUCCAUAGCUGUCUGCAACGAAGGAACUGUCUUUGCUUGGGGAGCAGGUUCUAAAGGGCAGCUGGGGAUUGGAGAAUUUAAGGAAAUAAGUUUAACGCCUAUGAAAGUAGAAGUUCCAGGUGGUGUAAAAAUAAUCCAAGUUUCCUGUGGACACGACCACUCCUUGGCAUUAUCUGAAGAUAGCCAAGUGUUUUCAUGGGGAAAUAACAGCGAAGGGCAGCUGGGCCUGGGGAAGACCAUCAGUUGUGAGGCCAGCCCACAGAAGGUGAAGUCCCUGGAGGGAAUUCCACUGGCUCAGGUGGCUGCAGGCGGCACUCACAGCUUUGCUCUCUCUCUCACGGGGACUUCAUAUGGCUGGGGGAGCAACAAGGCUGGGCAGCUGGCCCUCAGUGGCAAAAACAUCGAAGCCAUGCAAAUCUACAAGCCUCAUGCAAUUGGUGCCCUGAGAAAUCUAGGUGUGACUUAUAUCAGCUGUGGUUAUGAGCACACUGCAGUACUUACCCAGGAUGGGCAAGUGUUUACAUUUGGAAAAAAUAGCUCUGGGCAGGCACAGGAAAGCCCCAGUAAGAGAAGAGACCCACAACUCGUGGAAGGAAUUGAUGGCCAAGUUUCAAAGAUAGAGUGUGGAAGUUAUCACACCAUUGCAUAUGUCUACACCACUGGUCAGGUGGUAUCUUUAGGCCAUGGACCAAGUCCCACAGGUAACCAAACUCACCAGGAGGCCCCAGCAGAGAGCUCUGAUGUCACCUGCCUGCUCUCUGCAAAAGGCCUCGUGGAUAUUCAAGUCAAAGACAUUUUUGCUGGAGCAUAUGCCAACUUUGUGACAACUCAUCCAGUAUCACAUACCAGGUCCACAAGUGUUUCCAUGAAAAUCCUGCCAAAAAUUAGCCACAUCAACCAGUCGCUAGCAGAGAAAUGGGUAGCAGCAAAAAGAAAAAAAGAACACAAAGAAACCAAAAGGAAAAUCAGCAUAAUAUUUUCAUCUCCUGCUUGUUUGACUGCAAGCUUUUUGAAGAAAAGAGAUACUGAAGAGAAUUUUAUUGAUGUGGACUUAAAAAUGGCAAGGAAUGUCUUCAAGAAGUUAACAGCAGUGAAAUGGAUUUCUUCCUUGAUAACCACAUGUCUUAAGGAUAAUCUGCUCGGACGUCUUCCAUACCAUUCUGUACAUCAAGAUGCUCUAUUGAUUUUUCUUUUGCUCCCAGAAUGUCUACUGAUGCAGAAUGCUAAAAACUGGGAAACCCUGGCAUUUGAAUUUGCAAAGGCUAUUUGUAAAAUGAAUGAGAAAUCAUUAGCAAUCUUGAAAAAGUGUUGGCAAUCUUUGGAAGCUUCUUCUCUGGAUACACUGGUCCAGAUGCUAAAGAAAGCUAUCAUCACCAUCUCUCAACUGCGUGAUACAGCCUCAAUUAGGCAGCAUGGAUGUAAUCUUAAAGAUCUUUUAGAAGUGAUGAAAAAAGUGCAUGAGGCUAACUGCCAACUUCCAGCAAGUGCUUUCGUCAUACCUGAGCUUUCUGCCUUAUUAAACCCUAAUGUAGAGGAAAUCAAACUGAUCUGCCGGCAUAACAAUCAGUUAUCAGAAUCCCAACAACUUGUUUUCAGUGACUUUCUAUUCAGCUUUGAAUUGUCAUCCAAAAUUAUAUUAAUGAAAUGUGACUCAUCUGCAAGACUGGCGUAUGAAGCCAUGACAUCUCUAGGAAGCUUGAGAACAUGUUUAAUACUGAAAGUCAGACGAAGUCACCUGGUUGAAGACACCAUACGGCAAUUAAGUCAUGCUGAAUACAAGGACUUUAAAAAACCACUAGCGGUUCAAUUUAUUAAAGAAAUCCGUGCUGAGGGUGGAGGGGUGACUUCAGAGUUUUUCCAGUGUAUAUUUGAAGAGAUGACAGACCCCAAAUAUGAAAUGUUCAUGUAUCCUGAAAAGGGUUCCAGCAUGUGGUUUCCAGUCACUCCUAAGUUUGAGAAAAAGAACUACUUCCUCUUUGGGGUCUUAUGCGGACUCUCCCUAUCCAAUUUAAAGGCUGUCAACCUUCCUUUCCCACUGGCUUUAUAUAAAAAACUUCUGAAUCAAGAGCCAUCUCUGGAAGAUUUAAAGGAACUCAGUUUCCCCUUGGGGAAGAGUUUGCAAGAAGUUCUAAAUUGUAAGGCUGGUGAUGUUGAAGAACUUUAUAUACAUUUUUCCAUAUACUGGGAUAAAAAAGAUGCUGAGUUAAUUCCCAAUGGGAUCUCUGUACCUGUGAACGAAACCAACAAGAAACUCUAUGUUUCUAAGUAUGUUGAUUACAUUUUUAACACCUCUGUAGACACAAUUUAUAAGGAAUUUUAUAGAGGAUUUUACAAGGUGUGUAACAUGGAUAUAAUUAUGAAGUUCCAGCCUGAAGAACUAAUGACAGCAAUAAUUGGAAAUAAUGAUUGUGACUGGAAACAAUUUGAAAAUAGUUCACUAUAUGAAGAAGAAUAUCACAAAUCACAUCCAACUAUUCUACUCUUUUGGAAGGCUUUCCAUAAAUUAACUUUGGACGAAAAGAAAAAAUUCCUCUUAUUUCUUACAGGAUCUGACAGGUUUCAUGUAAAAGGCCUGUACUAUGAAGGAAUAAAAUUUCGUUGUCCUCAAACUUUCACUGAAAAGGAUAACCCGAGAUCAUUGACAUGUCACAAUAUUCUAGACCUGCCUAAAUAUUCUACAAUGAAAAGGAUGAAGGAAGCACUUCAAGUGGCAAUCAACAAUAACAAGGGGUUUGUCUCCCAAGGAUGAUGACAAUCACCUCCUAGCAUCAUAAUCACUGGCCUCAGGAAUUAGAUCUUUGCCUUUUGGGUUCUUCUGUCUUUCCUUAAUCUAAUUAGUACAAGAGGUUAAAGAAUUUCACUUAGAAUUAGUUGGGUAGUUUUUUAGAUAAGGAAGUUAUGAAUUAAUAUUUGUUAGUGAAACAAAAUUCUGUAAAACAUUUGUUAUAUCCCUAAUUUUGAUAUUAGAAUGUUUGCUUUGGCUGAAAUAUUUUCUGAAGAACAAUUAUCAUUUAAUAAUAUACCAAAUAUUUAAAAUAUUCAGUACUGGGGCUAGAAACAGAGCUCAGUGGUUAAGAGCACUGGCUGCUUUUCCAGAGGACCAGGGUUCAAUUCCCAGCAUCCCCAUGGCAGCUCACAUCCCAACUGUAAGUGCAGUCCUAGUGAAUCAAACAUCCUCUUCUGGCCUCCAAGGCACUGCCUGGGUAUGGUACACAGACAUACAUGCAGACAAAACAUGCACACAUGUAAAUUAAAAAUAAAUAAUGUAGCAUUUAUUUAAAAUGUUAUUGUACCAAUAAUAAACUAUUGAUCUGAAAGAAUGCAUAAUUGAAAAAGCUAGCAAAAUAUACACUGCUUUCAACAUGUUUUUGAGGCAUAUAGAUGUAUGUUUUGUAUUAAGAAUUAUAUUUAAAGUUUUUGAUCUUAGUAAAUCCUAAAUAAUUUAUUUUUUAAAAUCUAUGUGUUGAAAUUUAUGAUUAUUUGAAAGUAUACAUAUGCUUAUUACAGGAUUCCUGAAGUCAUUUUAAAUGUAGAUACUGCUAUUUUGGUAAAAUACUGAGUCAAAUCAGGAACCCAUACCCACUGUCAUUAGAAAAAUGUAAAGAAGUUAAAAUAUGUCUUUGUAUGAUGUUACAGAGUAAAUUAAGCAAUGUAACUACUAUGGGAAAUGACUAAUACAUCUUGUAUACUGGUUUUACUUAAUGUUAAAACAUAAACUGUAUGCAGGUUUGAAAUAAUUUCAUAAACUCAUAUAGUUUGUCCUAAGAAUGGCCUAUAUGCUGCUGUGACAGACCCUCCUCAUAAAAGUCCCUUUCUUUUACGGAUAUUGUAUAAUGCCUUGUGAGACUUUGCAUGUAAGUUGUUUACUGAACUCCAAAAAAAAAACCAAAUAAAACUAAUGAAUGUAGAA